UUCUUCACCCCUCCUCUUGUUCAAAUGUCCAUGCUGAUAAGACAGAUUGAACCUGUAGCCCUUCUGCACAUGUUCAGUUUUUUCUUUCUUGGGAGAGUGCAUGUUAUCAGCAUAAGGCCAAUCAGCACUGUCCAGACAGAGGUCAGGGGUUUUGCAUACUCCUAGAAAAGAAAGAAAACUCCUCCUACAAGCUUUAAUCAGUGCUCUGCUGAUCACUGAUAGAAGUCACAAGACUGCUCUAACUGCUGAUGAGAAAAUAUAUUUAGCAGUUUAUAUUUACUAA